AUGGUCGAGUCGAGUAUCACCACACACGAUGGUGCGAUACUGCGUUAUGUAUUACACGGAGAAUCUGAAAGUAAACCACCAAUCAUGCUGAUUCCUGGUCUGAUGCAAGUCAAGGAAGACUUUGAGUUGUUAGCAUUGGCACUCUCAAGCAACAGCAGAGUCUGUGUGUCUGAUCUUCGAGGAAUGGGAAAGUCUAUGCAAUGUCAGCCUACACCUCCAUCUACAACACCACCAGACAUCACUCUACUCCAGCUUGCUACAGAUGUGUUUGAUAUUAUCCUUGCGUUGGGCUGGAAGUCUUUUAUCCUUUUAGGAUUGGGAAUAGGUGGAACAGUAGCUAUGCAUCUUGCAUUAAUGCUAAGAGGUCGUGAUGAUAUCACUCUGCAAGGGUUGAUCCUUGUAGCUAGUUGUCCCAUGACACCCUCUCGAGGUAGAUUCUUUCGAUCGUCAUUGGCAAUGGUUCAAGCAACAGGAGACAAUGAAUCUAUAACUCAUCAUCUGGCUCAGGAAUGGAUCAAAACUAAUCUAUCGUCUGCAUUCUGCAAACUGCCACAUAUGGUAACAGAACUGGUGGAUAGAUUCAUGUCCAAUCUUAGAAAUCCAAGAAUCGGAGAGGAGCAAGUGUUUGCAAUGGAAGGCUUGAAUCUUACAGAUCAGAUUGGUCUUGUUGAUGUUCCAACACUCAUUCUACACGGCAAAAACGAUGCCAUGAUUGAUUCAUGGUAUGCUAAUGUGUUGAACGAUAUGAUUCCCAAUUCUACGAUGGUGUUGAUUCCAGAUGCAGGUCAUUGGGUACAUGUCAUGGCUCAAACUCGUUUGGUUGCAGAAAUUCAUAGAUUCAUGUUUGCAUUGAAAUUACCGUCUCAUUUAUAG